AUGCAAGACAAGAGAAGUGAUGACGAGACUGGCACUGGUGAGUACCGAUCCGACACAGUGGGCGAGUCGGUUUUCGUCACCGGCUCUGCAGGUACUGGAAAAACCAUUUUAGUCCACCAUAUCAUCAAAUUGCUCAACAAAAUUCACGGCCCAUCUCACGUUUUCGUGACGGCGUCCACUGGUGUGGCUGCUUGUGCUCUUGAGGGGCAGACCCUUCACUCAUUCGCCGGCGUUGGGCUUGCUGCGGCCGAUUCCAAAACUUUGCCCAAUAGGAUUCUUUUGGAUGAGAGGGCUUACAAGAGGUGGAAUAGAGUUAAGGCAUUGGUUAUUGAUGAAAUUAGCAUGGUCCAGGCUGAGUUUUUUGAUAAACUUGAAUACAUUGCAAGAGAGACCAGAGAUGAUGAACAUGCAUCUAAAAACAUGGUGUGGGGUGGAAUACAACUAGUUGUGAGUGGAGAUUUCUUUCAGUUACCACCCAUUCUGGAUAAGCAGAAACUAAAAGGGGGAAAGGAAUUUGCAUUUGAGGCCGAUUGUUGGAAUUCAAGCUUUAAUAUGCAGGUGGAACUUAGGAAAAUUUUUAGGCAGUCGGAUGGACAACUAAUCAAGUUACUUCAAGGUAUAAGAAGAGGAGAGUGUGAUCCCGAAGACUUGAAGCUCAUAGAACAAUGUUCCUUGGAAACAGAGCCAGAUUCUUUUAUGGUACGGUUCUACCCUAUGAAUAAAGAUGUGAAUAGAGUGAACGAUAAGCAAAUGGUGAGCUUGGGUGAGCAAACUGUUGAAUAUCUUGCUAUUGAUAGUGGUGAGGACCCUUGGAAGAAGCAACUCAAACAGGGGACUGCACCCAAUACACUUGAAGUCUGUGUAGGGGCAAGAGUCAUGCUGAGUUAG